AUGAGAAACCCCUUCAAGUCGACAUCGGCUGCGCCGCCGGCGGCCGAAAUCACACAAACGAUAUCUGAAGACGAUCGCAACGACAAAAAGGCGACCAAGGUUGCGCAAGAUGUAGACGUAUCAGCCGCCGCCGAGGAUCUCAACAAGAUUGCCCACGCCCAUCAGUUUGACCCCAAUCUCCCCCGGGAGAAGCUCGAGGCCCUCCAAAAGGCCCUUGACCAUGGCGAUGCCGACGAGAUACUCGAGGCCGACGCGCUCUUUACCGACGACUCGCCGUACGCAGAGGUCCGCGCCGCCGUGCGCAACACGGACGGCGGCGAGGUUGCCAAUACGGUCCGGGCGUGGGUCCUGGGCAUGAUCUUUGUCACCAUCGGCAGCGGCAUCAACAUGUUUCUGUCCAUGCGGAGCCCGGCCAUCAGUUUCCCGUCUGUCGUGGUGCAGCUGCUGGUAUACCCAAUCGGUUGUCUCUGGGCAAAAGUCAUGCCCACCCGCGUCUUUAACACGUUUGGCGCGCAGUGGACGCUCAACACGGGGCCCUUUACCAUCAAGGAGCACGUUGUCAUUACCCUGAUGGCCAAUGUUUCCAUCGGGUAUGCCUAUAGCACCGACGCCCUGCUCGCACUGCAGGGAAAGCCGUUUUACAACAUUAAUCUCGGAUGGGGCUUUGCCAUCUUGUUCACGCUCAGCUCCCAGCUCAUUGGUAUCUCGUUUGCCGGCAUGUUUAGACGGUUCUUGAUUUGGCCGUCCGCCAUGAUGUGGCCGAGUAUCUUUUCCAACACGGCGCUCUUUUAUGCGCUCCACGACAAGAGCAAGCAUGACAAGUCGGAGGCCAAUGGCUGGCAGAUCAGCAGAUAUCGGUACUUCUUCUAUGUGCUGUGCGGCAUGUUCAUAUACUACUGGAUUCCCGGAGUGUUAUGGCAAGGACUAUCAGUAUUUGCCUUUGUUACGUGGAUUCGUCCGAAUAAUGUUGUGCUUAACCAGCUAUUUGGCGGUUUCACUGGAUUGAGUUUGAUUCCCAUUACGUUUGAUUGGACAUAUGUGAACGCCUAUCUUGGCGAUCCGCUACUAGCUCCAGUCCAUACUCACAUCAACACUCUGAUUGGACUCUUCGUCUUUGUGAUUCUUACCAGUAUCGGCAUGACAUAUACUGGAGCCGUCUACGCCGACUACCUCCCCAUGGUGACUUCGUCGACGUUUGACAACACCCAAAGCUCGUACAAUGUCAGCAGGAUUCUCAACAGCGAUCACACAUUCAACCUGGAGAAAUAUACCAGCUACUCUCCGCUGUUCCUCGCGCCUACUUUUGCGCUCAACUAUGGACUUUCCUUUGCCGCCCUGACGGCUGUCCUCGUUCACACUGCUUUGUUCCACGGCAAGGAGAUUUGGUACAGAUUCAAGGCAGCUCGCAAUCAGGAGCCAGAUGUGCACCUGGAAAUGAUGAAGAAGUACCCAGAAGCGCCUGACUACUGGUAUUUAAUCUUAUUCGUCAUUACUACUGCCAUGGGCUUGGCUUGUUGUCUGGCAUACGACUCCCAGCUGCCCUGGUGGACCUAUUUUGUCUCGAUCAUUCUGGCUUUGGUAUUUGUCAUUCCCACUUGCUCGGUCCUGGCCAUUUCGAAUAUUGCAUUGGCACUCAAUGUCCUAUCGCCCUUUUUGGCAGGGUUCAUGAUUCCAGGACGUCCCAUAGGGGUAAUGAUGUUUAAAGUUUACUCUACUAUUGUCCUUGGACAGGCUCAGACGUACAGCUCUGAUCUUAAAAUGGCACACUACAUGAAAAUUCCGCCCAAGACCACUUUUUGGUGUCAGGUAAUAGCAAGUAUCUGGGCAGUCUUUGUGCAGAUUGCUACCAUGAACUGGACCCUGGGCAAUAUUCCUGAUUGUUGCACAACUACCCAGCCAUCCAAGUUCAGCUGCCCCAACGGCAAGACCUUCUUUUCCUCGUCCAUAGUCUGGGGCGUAAUCGGACCUCAUCGCAUGUUCGGUCCGGGUUCCAUCUACGCGCAGUUCAACUGGUUCUGGCUGAUUGGUGCCUGUCUGCCGGUGAUUCUGUGGUUUGCCAUGCGAAAGCUGCGCCUCGGCUUUGUCCGCCACCUCAACGCGCCGAUUAUGCUGGGAGCCAUGGGCUGGCUGCCCCCGGCCACGCCGCUCAGCUUCUCGACCUGGGCCCUCUUUGGCAUCCUCUUCAACCACGUCCUCAAGAACCGAUACCGGGGCUGGUGGCACAAUUACAACUUUGUCACGGCGGCGGGCCUGGACGCUGGUCUCAUCAUCAGCACCAUUGUCAUCUUCUUUGCCAUUACGCUACCUGGUGUCGAUAUUCCGCAAUGGUGGGGUAACGUUGAUGUCUUCAACACUCUUGAUGCUGGGUACAAUGCUUGGCUCAAGACAGUACCCGAUGGAGAAACAUUUGGUCCCACGUCUUGGUAG